UGUGUGCGGCGGUGAGAGCUUGGCCGUCACUCCCUGCGGAUUUUUUGUCUAAUUCCUUAGGAUUAGAAAGCUCUAGGCAGUAAAGAAGCAGUGUUUUGAGUGCAGGUCGCGAUCUCUGAGAAAAACAGCGAGUGAGGAGGAAAGCAGAGUUACAGUUAACGAGUAUCGCUUCACUUAUGCGAGUGCUCUUUUGACACAAAUAAGGGUCAAGUACUCCUGAGUGCACGGAUAGGUAAUACACAAGGGACUGGAAGUGCGUAAGAAGAGAUGGUGAUAAGAGGAGAAGCUGAAGGGUUAGUCACAUAGUGUGAAUGGCAGCCACUGGCUUCUGAGGACGUCAGCCUUAAGUUUCCAGAUUCCACACGCUGAUCCUAAUCAUUGUACCUGUCCCUGGUUGAGAAUUAUAUCUUAACUUGCACAGACUUCAGACUUGAGUGUUAAAGACGAAUGGGUUCUUCGCUCUGUUAGCAAGGCAUAAUGGUUAGCUCAAUCAAUGACGGUAUUUUUUGUUUGGUGUUACUUAACUGUGCUUAUCAAAUAGCCCUAAGGUGUGCAGGUUUGGGCACCUCAUGGGACAUAAAGAGGACACAGAAGGAUGUAGGAGGACAUAAAAGUAUUAGAGACUGUCCAGAGGAGGGCUGUGAAGGUGGUGGAGGGUCUGCAAGGCAAGGUAUGUGGGUAGGGGCUGAGGUCCUUUGGUUCCUUCAGCCCAGAGCAGAGAAGGCUGAGGGGAGGCCUCAUGGCAGCCUGCAGCUCCUCACAAGGAAGUCAUCUGAAAAAUGGCACUGUAGAGAACAGCGUGGUUGAGCAAAGUUAGUGCUGCUUUGCAAGGGGUUAGGGAGCAGGCCAAAACUGGGAGGGAGAUGACUGCGGUGAAAAGUGUGACUGCAACCUACGAAAUCUUUGAUGGCAGAGAGGAUUGAAUACUCACUGCCUCUUCCAGCACAGGAACUCUAAGCUGACUGAUAGGAGCCAGUUUUGAAACAAGUGGGUGCUGCUCUUCAGCUCUUCAAGUGGCGUGUAGUAGGGCUAAUCCAAUGCCAAGGAAUACUGCCUGUGCUAGAAGUUUAUGUUAUUAUAAGUAGAGUCUGGACUUAUAAUACUUACUCUAUAAGAAGAGUUUGGAGGAGAUCUGUUGAAGGAAGAGGUGUUAGUAAAUACAUGUAUUGCAUUGAGCUCACUGAGUGUUUUGCCCUGCAAAUAGUUGGAGACUGGGAGAGUGUGGAAAAAGUAUCCUCUAUACCUGCCCUGUUCUUGCUUUCCUGGAGGUGGUGAGUUACUGUAGCGCUGCUGCUUUCUUUCGUGGAGAACGUGGAUAAAUAAGUCAAGAUACUUUCUUAUCUGACCUCUGAUGGUGUUUUUUUGAGUAAGCAUGACAGUGUUGACAAAAGCUGUUUUAUGAAGGAAAGGGAGCACAGCUGCCAUUAGCCGGGGCUGGGAGUUGUCUUCUCUGCAGCUGCAGUCACCCCAAGGGACAGCACACAUAACAGGACAUAUGUAAUGCGGUACCCUCAGCUCCUGCAGCAGGAAGAUGUGGAAACAGGAGUCCAUCUUGAUCCUGCUAUUAAGGAGGUUCAGUACAAUCCUACUUACGAGACCAUGUUUGCACCUGAGUUUGGACCAGAAAACCCAUUUAGGACUCAGCAAAUGGCUGCACCUAGAAAUAUGCUCUCUGGAUAUGCGGAACCGGCUCACAUCAACGAUUUCAUGUUUGAGCAACAACGAAGGACAUUUGUAACCUAUGGCUAUGCAUUAGACCCCUCUAUAGACAACCCUGAAGUUGCUACCAAGUAUAUUGGCUCUGUAGAAGAAGCUGAAAAAAAUCAAGGUUUAACAGUGUUUGAAACAGGGCAAAAGAAAAUUGAAAAAAGGAAGAAAUUCAAGGAGAAUGAUGCAUCUAACAUUGAUGGCUUUCUGGGACCAUGGGCCAAGUAUGUUGAUGAAAAAGAAGUAGCCAAACCUUCAGAAGAAGAACAGAAGGAGUUGGAUGAAAUAACAGCUAAGAGGCAGAAGAGAGGAAAACUAGAAGAUGAUAAACCUGGAGAGGAGAAGACUAUAUUACAUGUUAAGGAAAUGUAUGACUAUCAGGGGAGAUCUUACCUUCACGUUCCUCAAGAUGUUGGAGUUAAUCUUCGUUCUACAAUGCCACCUGAGAAGUGCUAUCUUCCAAAGAAACAAAUCCAUGUAUGGUCUGGACAUACAAAGGGAGUCAGUGCAGUUAGGUUGUUUCCUCUGUCUGGGCAUAUGCUGUUGUCUUGCUCUAUGGACUGCAAAAUUAAGCUGUGGGAAGUAUAUGGUGAUCGAAGAUGUCUACGGACGUUUAUUGGACAUGGGAAAGCCGUUCGAGACAUCUGUUUUAAUAACGCUGGCACUCGAUUUCUUAGUGCUGCAUACGACCGCUACAUUAAACUGUGGGACACUGAAACAGGACAGUGUAUUUCAAGAUUCACAAAUAGGAAGGUUCCUUAUUGUGUCAAGUUCAAUCCCGAUGAAGACAAACAAAAUCUCUUUGUUGCAGGAAUGUCAGAUAAGAAAAUUGUGCAGUGGGAUAUUCGGAGCGGUGAGAUUGUGCAGGAAUAUGAUAGACAUUUGGGAGCUGUCAACACCAUUGUGUUUGUGGAUGAAAAUAGAAGAUUUGUGAGUACAUCCGAUGACAAAAGUUUAAGAGUCUGGGAAUGGGACAUUCCUGUAGACUUCAAGUAUAUUGCUGAGCCAAGUAUGCAUUCGAUGCCAGCCGUGACUUUGUCUCCAAAUGGGAAAUGGUUGGCUUGCCAGUCGAUGGAUAACCAAAUUCUGAUUUUUGGAGCUCAGAACAGAUUCAGAUUAAACAAAAAGAAGAUCUUCAAAGGUCACAUGGUAGCUGGCUACGCAUGUCAAGUGGAUUUUUCACCUGAUAUGAGCUAUGUGAUAUCUGGAGAUGCAGAUGGAAAGCUUAACAUCUGGGACUGGAAGACCACAAAACUCUACAGCAGAAUAAAAGCACAUGAUAAAGUCUGCAUUGGGGCAGUCUGGCAUCCACACGAAACAUCCAAAGUCAUUACGUGCGGCUGGGAUGGUCUCAUUAAACUGUGGGAUUAAAGAGGCUGCUGCAAGGAUCUGAAGUUGUAAGCCCUGAGAUCUGAGGUUGGAGUGAAUUCUGCUGUAAGGACAGGUAGACGUUUUGUGACGUAGCUGUUCGCAGUUGGCUGUAUGUAUGCUCUGAAAGUGGGAAAUCUUCAGAAUGCUUGACUCAAGGGAUAUUAUUCUAAAUGCAACACCUGGCUCUGAGAAUCUGAAACGUGCAGCAUCCAGUGUCAGUUUGUCCUGUCACCUUCUGUGCAAAAUACUCCUGUAAAAUAAAAUAAACUUAAGAAAAACUAUUUCUGUGGCUCUGGCUGUCAGAGAUGUGGGGAGUUAAAGGAGAAAGACAGCAACUGUGUCAUCUUCCUAAGAAGAAAUCGUUGAUACCUACUGUGGCAGAGCUGGAAGUAGAGCAUUUGUUUAUGUUUUUUGGUUGGUAUUUUAUUCUCCCUAAAAUACUUCUACCUUUCUGGAACACAAAAUCAGUUGCUAAUGAUGUCUGUUAAUUCACAGUAGAAAUGAAGAACUAAUCAGAAGUGCACAGCCCUCAAUUAGACUGUUAUCAACUGAAGCCUGUAUUCGUAAAAUCUUGGUUCGUCUGCAUUUAACAACUGUAUCACGCUGAGCACUGAGUGUCAUUGUUACAGGUACCCCCCGGUUUCUCUGUAAGGGUUGGGUACCAGGUGUUUUUCCUCUUCCCAUUGGCUGCUAAGUUCCAGUAAGCAUGACUUUAAAAAACAAACACGACAACACAGUGGAUAGGUUGUAUUAUAAGUAAGUUCCAGGCAGUUUGUGACAAUUAACUGUGACAAUUUACAUGUAUACAUGCCACACUUUCUCCUCUCUUUAAAAGACUUAUUUUUAAUAAAACAUUUUAUAAAGAAA